AGUGACACAAAACCAAAGAGUAGUGAGAAACAAAGAUCUAGGAAACUACUCGAAAGAGACGAUGAAGCCAUUGAAUAUUGCGGUUGCGCUUGCAGUGACGGUUCUUAUUGGAACCUUUGGAUCAUCGGAGGCUCAACUUCAAAUGAACUUCUACGGGAAGAGCUGUCCAAACGCAGAGAAAAUCAUUUCAGAUCAUAUUCAAAAGCAUAUCCAUCAUGGUCCUUCUCUUGCAGCUCCUCUCAUCAGAAUGCACUUCCAUGAUUGCUUCGUUAGGGGAUGUGAUGGAUCGGUGUUGAUAAAUUCAACAUCUGGGAACGCAGAGAAAGAUUCAGCACCGAACCUAACACUUAGAGGAUUUGGUUUCGUAGAGAGGAUCAAGACUCUUCUUGAAGCAGAGUGUCCUAAGACUGUUUCUUGCGCUGAUAUUAUCGCUUUAACCGCUAGAGAUGCAGUUGUCGCCACCGGAGGUCCUUCAUGGAGAGUCCCAACGGGAAGAAGAGACGGUAGGAUCUCAAACUCUACGGAAGCUUUUAACAACAUUCCACCGCCAACAAGUAACUUCACGACGUUACAGCGACUUUUCGCUAACCAAGGCCUUAAUCUCAAAGACCUUGUUCUGCUCUCCGGGGCUCAUACGAUUGGUGUCUCGCAUUGUUCUUCCAUGAACACUCGUCUCUACAACUUCUCGACGACAGUGAAACAAGAUCCAUCUCUAGAUACCGAGUACGCAGCUAACCUUAAGGCUAACAAAUGCAAGAGCCUUAACGACAACACCACCAUCCUAGAGAUGGAUCCGGGGAGUAGGAGAAGCUUCGAUCUCAGUUAUUACAGGCUUGUCCUAAAGAGGAGAGGUUUGUUUCAAUCUGAUGCUGCCUUGACGACGAACUCAGCCACGUUGAAGAUGAUCAACGACUUGGUCAACGGUUCUGAAGAGAAGUUUUACAAAGCCUUCGCUAAGUCGAUGGAGAAGAUGGGGAGAGUUAAAGUGAAGACUGGCUCAUCAGGCGUGAUCAGGACACGCUGUUCUGUCGCCGGAAGCUAGUUUUACAUAUACCACAUCGGAAGAGUGGUGUGUGUUCUAUUAUUCAUUGUUGUUAAUUAUCUUUAACUUUUGGGGGAUGUGUUAACGUUGUUACUUUUAUUUUGAUGUUGCGUUGAAAUGUGUUUUAUGCACCCAAGAAUCAUUCUAAAUUUACAAUAAUCCUCUCAUUACUUUGUUUUCACAAUGAAUAAAACACACCAAAAAUUCUCCUCGAGA